AUGGCUGAACUAGACACUCUGGACGUGAUCGUCCUUGGCGUCAUUUUCCUCGGAACGGUCGCAUACUUCACAAAGGGAAAGCUAUGGGGUGUUACCAAAGACCCUUAUGCCAAUGGCUUCGCUGCCGGCGGCGCUGCCAAGCCUGGUCGCACGAGAAACAUCGUUGAGGCUAUGGAGGAAUCUGGCAAGAACUGUGUCAUCUUCUAUGGUUCUCAGACUGGUACCGCUGAAGACUAUGCUUCUCGUCUCGCCAAGGAGGGUAAGAGCCGAUUCGGACUCAACACCAUGAUCGCCGAUCUUGAAGACUAUGAUUUCGAUAACUUGGAUACUGUUCCCAACGACAACGUUGUCAUGUUCGUUCUCGCAACUUACGGUGAAGGCGAGCCUACCGACAACGCAGUCGAUUUCUACGAGUUUAUCUCUGGUGAAGACGCUACCUUCAACGAGGGCAACGACCCCCCUCUGGGCAACCUCAACUAUGUCGCUUUCGGUCUCGGAAACAACACCUAUGAACACUACAACUCUAUGGUCCGCAACGUCAACAAGGCUCUUGAGAAACUUGGUGCUCACCGCAUCGGUGAAGCCGGUGAAGGUGAUGAUGGCGCUGGUACUAUGGAAGAGGACUUCUUGGCCUGGAAGGAUCCCAUGUGGGAGUCUCUUGCUAAGAAGAUGGGACUGGAAGAGCGUGAGGCCGUUUACGAGCCUAUCUUUGCCAUCAACGAGCGUGACGACCUGACCCCUGAAGUCAAUGAAGUUUAUCUCGGUGAACCCAACAAGCUGCAUCUUGAAGGCACUGCCAAGGGUCCCUUCAAUUCUCACAACCCCUACAUUGCCCCCAUUGCCGAGUCUUACGAGCUCUUCUCUGCCAAGGACAGGAACUGCCUUCACAUGGAAGUCGACAUUAGCGGUUCUAACCUCAAAUACGAAACUGGUGAUCACAUUGCUAUCUGGCCCACAAACCCUGGUGAGGAGGUCAACCGUUUCUUAGAUAUUCUCGAUCUCUCUGGCAAGCAGCACACCGUCAUUACCGUCAAGGCUCUUGAGCCUACCGCCAAGGUUCCCUUCCCUAACCCUACGACUUAUGACGCCAUUCUGCGAUACCAUCUCGAGAUCUGCGCUCCUGUUUCCCGUCAAUUCGUUUCUACUCUCGCUGCUUUCGCUCCCAACGACGCUAUCAAGGCUGAGAUGAACCGUCUCGGUAGCGACAAGGACUACUUCCAUGAGAAGACCGGCCCUCACUACUACAACAUCGCUCGUUUCCUCUCCAGUGUCAGCAAGGGUGAGAAGUGGACCACAAUUCCCUUCUCCGCCUUUAUUGAGGGUCUCACCAAGCUCCAGCCCCGUUACUACUCCAUCUCUUCCUCCUCUCUGGUUCAGCCUAAGAAGAUCUCUAUCACUGCCGUCGUUGAGUCCCAGCAAAUCCCUGGCAGGGAUGACCCUUUCCGUGGUGUCGCUACAAACUACCUCUUUGCCCUGAAGCAGAAGCAGAACGGCGACCCCAACCCAGCACCUUUCGGUCAGACAUAUGAGCUUACAGGUCCCCGCAACAAGUACGAUGGUAUCCAUGUUCCCGUUCAUGUUCGUCACUCCAACUUCAAGCUACCUUCGGAUCCUGGCAAGCCUGUCAUUAUGAUUGGCCCUGGUACUGGUGUCGCUCCUUUCCGUGGUUUCGUCCAGGAGCGUGCCAAGUUGGCCCGCGAUGGCGUUGAGGUCGGAAAGACUCUAUUGUUCUUCGGUUGCCGAAAGCCCAGUGAAGAUUUUAUGUACGAGAAGGAAUGGCAGGAAUACAAGGAGGCUCUCGGCGACAAGUUCGAGAUGAUCACCGCCUUUUCUCGAGAGACCUCCAAGAAGGUUUACGUUCAGCACCGACUCAAGGAGCGAGCACAGGAGGUCAGCGACCUGCUCUCUCAGAAAGCCUACUUUUAUGUUUGUGGUGAUGCUGCAAACAUGGCUCGCGAGGUCAACACUGUCUUGGCGCAAAUUAUUGCCGAGGGACGCGGAGUGUCUGAGGCUAAGGGUGAGGAGAUUGUGAAGAACAUGAGAUCGGCAAACCAAUAUCAGGAGGAUGUUUGGUCAUGA